CCCGGGUCCUGCUCCCGCGUCCAGUCGGGUCCUGCCCUCCGAACCCGCACGUCCGCCAGGCGCUGCUGCCACUCGGCCAUGGCCCCGCCGCGCCGUGCCAGCCCAGGGGUCGCUGUCGCCUGCUGCUGGCUCCUCACCGUUGUUCUAGGCUUCUGCAUGUCAUUCAAUGUUGAUGUGAAAAAUUCCAUGACUUUCAGUGGCCCAGUGGAAGACAUGUUUGGAUACACUGUUCAACAAUAUGAAAAUGAAGAAGGAAAAUGGGUACUUAUUGGUUCUCCUUUGGUUGGACAACCCAAAAACAGGACAGGAGAUGUCUACAAGUGUCCUGUUGGGAGACAGGAAUCAUUACCUUGCAUGAAGUUGGAUCUUCCAGUGAAUACAUCAAUUGCCAAUGUCACAGAAGUCAAAGAGAAUAUGACGUUUGGAUCAACUUUAGUCAGUAACCCAAGAGGAGGGUUUCUGGCAUGUGGGCCCUUAUAUGCCUAUAGAUGUGGACACGUGCAUUACACAACUGGAAUCUGUUCUAACGUCAGCCCAACAUUUCAAGUCGUGAACUCCUUUGCCCCUGUACAAGAAUGCAGCACUCAACUGGACAUAGUCAUAGUGCUGGAUGGUUCCAACAGUAUUUACCCCUGGGAAAGUGUUACACAUUUCUUAAAUGACCUUCUUGAAAGAAUGGAUAUUGGUCCUAAACAGACACAGGUUGGAAUUGUACAAUAUGGAGAAAACGUAACCCAUGAGUUUAACCUCAAUAAGUAUUCAUCAACAGAAGAGGUACUUGUUGCAGCAAAUAAAAUAAUCCAGAGAGGUGGCCGCCAGACUAUGACAGCCCUUGGAAUUGACACAGCAAGAAAGGAGGCAUUCACUGAAGCCCGAGGUGCCCGAAGGGGAGUUAAGAAAGUCAUGGUUAUUGUCACUGAUGGAGAGUCCCAUGACAACCAUCGACUGAAAAAGGUCAUCCAAGAUUGUGAAGAUGAAAACAUUCAGCGGUUUUCCAUAGCUAUUCUUGGCAGCUAUAACCGAGGAAAUUUAAGUGCUGAAAAAUUUGUGGAGGAAAUAAAAUCAAUUGCAAGUGAACCCACUGAAAAGCAUUUUUUCAACGUCUCUGAUGAAUUGGCCCUAGUCACCAUUGUUAAAGCUCUAGGAGAAAGAAUAUUUGCCUUAGAAGCUACAGCUGACCAGUCAGCAGCCUCAUUUGAAAUGGAAAUGUCUCAAACUGGCUUCAGUGCUCAUUAUUCACAGGACUGGGUUAUGCUUGGAGCAGUAGGAGCCUUUGAUUGGAAUGGAACAGUUGUUAUGCAGAAAGCUAAUAAAAUGAUAAUCCCUGAAAAUACAACGUUUAAAGUGGAGUCUACUGAAAAGAAUGAACCUCUUGCUUCUUAUUUAGGUUAUACAGUGAACUCUGCCACUGUACCUGGAGACGUGCUUUAUAUUGCUGGACAGCCUCGGUACAACCAUACAGGCCAGGUUGUCAUUUACAGGAUGGAAGGUGCUGACAUCAAGAUUCUCCAGACACUCAGAGGAGAACAGAUUGGUUCCUAUUUUGGCAGUGUCUUAACAACAAUUGACAUUGAUAAAGAUUCCAAUACUGACCUUCUUCUAGUCGGGGCCCCCAUGUACAUGGGAACAGAGAAGGAAGAACAAGGAAAAGUGUAUGUGUAUGCUAUCAAUCAGACGAGGUUUGAAUAUCAAAUGAGCCUGGAACCUAUUAAGCAGACUUGCUGCUCAUCUCUGAAGCACAAUUCAUGCACAAAAGAAAACAAAAAUGAGCCUUGUGGGGCUCGCUUUGGAACUGCUAUUGCUGCUGUAAAAGACCUCAAUCUUGAUGGAUUUAAUGAUGUCGUGAUAGGAGCUCCACUGGAAGAUGAUCACGGGGGCGCUGUGUACAUUUAUCAUGGAAGUGGGCAGACUAUCAGGAAAGAGUACGCACAACGUAUUCCAUCAGGUGGAGAUGGCGAGACACUGAAGUUUUUUGGCCAGUCUAUCCAUGGGGAAAUGGAUUUGAAUGGGGACGGUCUGACUGAUGUGACCAUCGGGGGCCUUGGUGGUGCUGCCCUCUUCUGGUCCCGAGAUGUGGCUGUUGUUAAAGUGACCAUGAAUUUUGAACCCAAUAAAGUGAAUAUUCAAAAGAAAAACUGCCGUGUGGAAGGAAAGGACACUGUAUGCAUAAAUGCUACAGUGUGUUUUGAUGUGAAAUUGAAGUCUAAAGAAGACAUGAUUUAUGAAGCUGAUAUGCAGUACCGUGUCACACUAGACUCAUUAAGACAGAUAUCACGAAGUUUUUUCUCUGGAACUCAAGAGAGAAAGAUUCAAAGAAACAUAACAGUUCGAGAAUCAGAAUGCACAAAGCACUCCUUCUACAUGUUGGACAAGCAUGACUUCCAGGACUCAGUGAGAAUAACCUUGGAUUUUAAUCUUACUGAUCCAGAAAAUGGGCCUGUUCUUGAUGAUUCUCUACCUAAUUCAGUGCAUGAACAUAUUCCCUUUGCCAAAGACUGUGGAAACAAGGAAAGAUGCAUCUCGGACCUCACCCUGGACGUAUCCACCACAGAAAAGAGCCUGCUCAUUGUCAAAUCUCAGAAUGACAAGCUCAAUGUCAGCCUCACAGUCAAAAACAAAAAGGACAGUGCGUAUAACACCAGAACAAUAGUGAAUUAUUCUCCAAACCUAAUUUUUUCGGGAAUUGAGGGGAUCCAAAAAGACAGUUGUGAAUCCAAUCGUAAUGUCACAUGUAAAGUCGGAUAUCCUUUCCUGAGAAGAGGAGAAAUGGUAACUUUUAAAAUAUUAUUUCAGUUUAACACAUCUCAUCUCAUGGAAAAUGUGGUCAUUCACUUAAGUACAACAAGUGACAGUGAAGAACCUCCUGAAGCCCUUUUUGAUAAUGAAGUAAAUAUUUCUAUCCCAGUAAAAUAUGAAGUUGGACUACAGUUUUACAGCUCUGCAAGUGAAUACCAUAUUUCAAUUGCGGCCAAUGAGACAGUCCCUGAAGUUAUUAAUUCCACUGAGGACAUUGGAGAUGAAAUUAAUGUCUUCUACUUGAUUCGAAAAAGUGGACAUUUUCCAAUGCCAGAACUUAAGCUGUCAAUUUCAUUCCCCAACCUGACAUCAGAUGGUCAUAUUGUGCUGUACCCAACAGGAUGGUCAUCUUCAGAUAACGCACACUGCGAACCCCAUAGUCUUGAGGAUCCUCUUGGAAUCAUCUCUGGAAAGACGAUUAAAUCAAAAUCUGAUGAUCUCAAACGAGGCACAAUUCUGGACUGCAGCACAUGUAAAUUUGCUACCAUCACGUGUAAUCUCAUUCCUUCAGACAUGAGCCAAGUGAAUGUAUCACUAAUCUUGUGGAGACCGACUUUUAUAAAAGCACAUUUUUCCAGCUUAAACCUUACCAUAAGGGGAGAACUUCAGAGUGAAAAUACAUCACUGGUUUUAAGUAGUAGCAAUCAAAAAAGAGAGCUUGCGAUUCAAAUCUCCAAAGAUGGGCUACCAGGCAGAGUGCCCUUGUGGGUUAUCCUGUUGAGUGCUUUUGCUGGAUUACUGCUGUUAAUGCUGCUCAUAUUAGCACUGUGGAAGAUUGGAUUCUUCAAAAGACCACUAAAGAAGAAAAUGGAGAAAUGAAACAUUAUACAAGAGAAAAAAAUAGCAAUUAUUCAAUGAUCUAUCCUCAGGUUUGCCUUAAAUAUGUGACAAAAAAUUUAUAAACAUAAUUAAAAACAUGGUCACAUAAUUCUAUAUAAUCCAUCAGGGACUUAUCACUUGGAAAAUGACAGAUCAAGCUGAUCCAAAAAGAUAUCCAAAGAUAUGUUUUAUAAACUGAUGAAAAAUAUUUUAAAUAAUUAUUCAUUUUUACUGAGUAUUUAAACAGUGUUACAAAGUGUUUUAAAGAAGAAUAACUUAUGCAUCUAAAAUAUUUAAGGAAUAGAUAAGAAUUUUUAAGAUCGUUGAAACAUCUACUUUCAAAAUAAUAUAAAUUAAGCUUUUCCCUUGAUUUCUGAUGGAUAUGCAUGUCCAGCAUGAAAGCAUUUGUAAUGCUAAGCAAGGAAUUAUCUAAAAGAUGUCACUUCUUCCAGUUCUAAUGAGAAAAGUUCCCCCUAGUAGAGUCUGUCUACCACAUGGACUAAAAAUAGAAUUAAAUCACAAAGAAUACAUUCAACAUCUUCGUGUUGGAUUCUGUACUUGGAAAAAAAUUUUUCCAAUGUGAUCAGAAAGUAAUGCAAUCGAUCUGAAAUUCUACCUAGGGUAGAAACUCAAGACAGACGCCUUAUUUAAAAACAAGUAUACUGAAUGGAUUAAGUUUUUAUAAAACAUGUUUAUUUUGAUGUUGAACUCUAAAUGCAAAACUCUUUUAUACUGAAAAAGAAAAACCACUUUAAAGCAGUUUUGUGUGGCACAGUUUCGUGAUUUAUCAUGAAAAGCCACAUUGUGUGGGGGAUAUGCUGAAAUGAUAGCUGAAUGGAAUGUGGCGGCAGAGACAAUUGCUACUGAAUGCUGAAAUCAUCUUUGCUGAGCAGAUUUUGCAUGGUAGAGGUUUCAUGAUGUAAAUCAAAAUAGGAGUCUUCUCAACUCCUUGGUACAGGUUCAUUUAAACCCCCAAGCUGUGAGAUUAUGCUUAUUUUUUUCAUUUUUAAAGAUAUAUUUAAUUUUCCAAACACAUUUCUUGUUUUUAUUAAAAGGCAUAUUCCAUUCCAGUAUUGCAUUUUCCCAAGAAGUCACUGCUUCUUUGAGUGUAGCAGAGCAAUAUUUAUACAGAAGCCCAGAAAUGUGCCGAAAACAACUUCAGGUUUGAAAGAUCCCACCAAGAGAACAGUAUCUCACCUCUGCGUGUGCUUCUUUGUUCUUGAAGUAAUCCUUGAGGUUGAUUAGAUUCUACUGUAACAUAAGCUCCCGGUUGUGCCAUUUCUUAGGAAAGUAACUGAAUGAAUGUAGAGUAGCUAGCUGCACUGGUGAACUACUGCUGUAAAAUUUGCUGAUACUUCUGCAACAACUCCCAUUUCUCCUCUUGAUUUGCCAUUCUAGUACCCGAACCUGUAGUUAUCCACAAAGUCCCAGGAUCUGCUUUUCUCAAAAAGCAGCCAACUAACACUGAAAUCAAUGCUGUUGAUUUAACUUUUUAAGGCUAUUUUCCAAGGAAUUCUCUGAUGUCUCAGAGUCAGCUACCUCUUGGCUCUGCACACCUACAUCUAGAAUCCAGAAGGCCAAGUCGAUGUGCCUGGGGGAUGCCAAGUUAUCCGUAGCUAGAAGAAGCGUUCAUCUUUUUAGAGAUCUGGUAUCCUCCUGCUGCCUGUCCUUGUUCACAAAUAGCUGCUUUUGGAAUUUGCUUCACUCUUGCCAUCCAUCCGCAGAUUCAGAAAUCGUUCUUCCCGCCUCGUGUCUUUGUUUUUCAACAAAACUCAGGGUCUGUCUGAUUCAGAGUCGGCGCGUUGUACAACCCUGCUGCACAGACUGCCCAGCAGCCCUCUCCCUUCUCAGCACAUUCUUAGAAGUAAAUCGAACAGAUAAAUUUAAAUUCAUACUUGGCAUCUGUGACUGCCACACAAAGCAGUCACUGAACCAUGAGUGUGAAGAUUCAAACUAAAUACUUUGUUAAGCCAAAGAGGAAAAAUAGAAAUUAGGGCAUGUUGACCUUUUUAGAAAAGAGAGGAGUCGCUAUCUGGCUGGACCAAAUAGCUAUUUAUAAACCUGGCACCAUUUUUAACAUAGGUCAUUCCUGGUUACCAAGUAGAAUAUUUAAUGAACAAGAGACCCCAUUUUCAUGUUUAUGAUUUGUAGGGAUUUAUGGGUCUGUAUGUAUGUUCAUAUAUGCACACACAAUAACACCAAAUAAUAGAGUUUACAAAAACUAAACAAACAAAAACUACAUCAGGAAAAAAUGUUGAUUCAUCUACUUUUCAUAUAGUUUUCAUUUUAAUUGAUGUUUAGGUUUAGCUUACAAUUCUUCAACUACCUAAAAACCAUAACUGCAGUUUUGGUUAAAAAACAUGUCAACAGAUGUCCCAGAUUAGCUUCUGCACAAAUGUUAUAAAACAUAUACAAUGAUUAAGAGAUAUGUUAGACGCUUGUUUUAUUUUUAAAUGAUUAAUAAGGAAAGUGGAUGAUAUUUAAGACUAUUAUGAGCUUGUUGCUAAAUUAAAUUAUCAAACUAUUUCUUGUUCUUUAGUAUUUAAAAAAUUGAUUAUUGCUUGCAUUGUGAAAUGAACAAUGUAUUCAGUCCCUUUACAUUCGUAUAUUGGCAAAUUAUUUAAUGACUUGCUCUCUGGGGGAAAUAAUCUCUAGUGUGUAUUAUUUAUCAAUUUCCAUGGUUAAAAUAGUAUCUCUGUAGCCAUUCUCAAGUUACCAGCAUGACCCUAACCAGCUUGCAGAACUCCUAGAAAUGUAUUGGUCAGCUCUUAGAAACAAUAUGAACUGGCUUCAGCUAUUACUGAAAUAAGUCACAUGCUGGGGAUGGAUGGAUAGAUAGAUAGAUAGAUAGAUAGUCUAUAUACAUACACAGAAACACAGAGCAUUAUAAUAUUCCAAAUUAUGUGGAAAUGCUAAUUAUUCAAGCCAGGUAGGCAUGACACUGUAUAAUUCCCCAUUAUUCAGUUUCAAUUCUAAAAUUUUAACCGUCCUUUAAUACUAAUAAAAUGAGAAGAACUUGCGUAAGAAGAAACGAGUUGAAAACAAGAAAAUACAAAAGGUGACCCACAGUGGAAAUCAGACCUACUCAGGAACCACAAAGAAGCUGUUUCACUUUCUCAAGGCCCCACAAGCAGCACAGUAAAAGGUCAUCCUUUGUAAAUAGCUUUAACUUCUGUGAUCCAAUUUAAAAUGCAGUGAUCCACUUUGUAAAACUUUUUUCUUCUGAACACUAGAUUCGAGGGCAGUUGAGUCUCUGAACAUUUUCUCUGUAUUAACUGUGUUUGAAAGGAGUCUUACGGAAAGAGAUACUUUUACAAAUUUUGGCACUUAAGCAGCCAUUUUAUUUAUAAAUGUAUAUAUAUGCUCACAUGAUAUAAAUGUCCUUUCCACUUUCUAUAAAACUGUAGGCUUAAUUGGAAAACAGCAAUAUUUGCACCAAAAGGAAAAAAAAUUUAAAGAACAGUUGCAUUGAGAUGGAGCAGAGGUGGCUGGUAGUAGAGGCUGUGAGACACUCUGCCCGUUUUCUCUCUAGGGCCACAGUGUGCACACUGUGAACAGUGACCCCAACGGCUCCCCUGGAAUGUGCUUUCCCCGGGGUGAUGUCUUUGUCAAGCAUCUUGUAAUCUGCUCUGUGAACUGUCUGUCUCGCUUUUCAGAACACUGAGAACACUGGGCAAGCCUCGGGCCCACACACCCUGUCUCCCAUGCCAUCGGAAGUCACAGUAUUGCCCAAAUAAAGUGGCUUCCAGCAAAUCAAUUGUGAAAAAGUCUCUGAUGCACUCUUCAUUUAUUUACAACACUUCCCAAACUCCCCGCAAGUAGUCUUCUCCCCAAGACAGCUUUUCAAGAAUCCUAAUGGGAAAAAAAAAAAAAAUCUGUUGAUAAAAUGCAGGCUCUGUUUGCUACAAAUACCAGCUUCAGUGAGUUGAUCAUGUAUACAGGAUGCAUUCCUUGGUUCCCCAGUGGCUCUCUAUAAGGUUGGCAUGGCAUAAUGGAGCAGGGACAAAGUAAAACAGACCUUCGAGAUGCAGCAUCUUUAAGACCUUCACAGGCUGUGUAAACACUCCCAGUGACGGUGCCAGUGGGGAGGCUGGAGGGAUUUGGCCCUUUGAUGAUUUUCCCCAAGUACUUCAUAGGCCCCACCUUUACCCAUGGAAAUAAUCUUUAAAAAAAAAAAUGAAAAGAGAGGCUUUCAGGAAAACUAAAAUGUAUAAUUUAAUUAUAAGCUGUAAGUAGACUUCGAAGUGCAAACACGGCUUCAGGGUGAGUCCUCUGGGCAUCUCCUGUCAAUCAAACUGCCAUCCCUAAACCCCUCCUGUACAAAAAUUCUGAAGCUGCCAUGGAAUAGAAACUCAACAGUGAAAAGAAACUCAGAACACAUAAGACUAAAUGCUGCCAUUUUCCAAAUGGUCCAAUGUUACUAUGUAGACAGUCACAUUGAUUUGGUAAGCAAAUUAGUAUUUUUGAAUCUUACAUUAAAAUUUAACCUUGAAUUUGGAAAUUCAAAGUUACAGCCUUUAAUCAUCAACCUUGAGCCAAAUGUAAAAUGUUAUAUGCAGGAUGUCAAACCCCAGCCCUGUUAAUCCCUACAACAUCUAGUAUCCAGGAAGUCAGGUUACUAACUGUUGGGACUGAAUCCUUGUGCUGCUAUAAAGAGCCUGAACUGAACCCCUAAUCCACCACUGUUUUCAUGCUCCAAGGUCACCCCUCACAUCAGAUACACAGGAACUGACGUUUUAACAGUACUAAGAAAUAUCAAGGAUGAGGCCUCCCUUCUAACUCUGGACUCCUUGCUUUGAGAUCAGUUCUUUUAGUUUGUAAUCCCCAUAUUUCACAUAUGGCAAAAGCUUUACCCGGUAGCUAAUGAAUUUAGAACUGUACACAAAGCUCCUUUCAUUUUUCCACUGCCACUGGCUGGACAAUCUCAAUACUGUUAGGACUGGGCAGCACGAGCCAGUCAAUUCGCAAGACCUAUCUACCCUCCACUUUCUAGUUGGUUUCUUCUCUCCUCAAUUGCACAGCAAAAUGUCUGCUUUUUUGCAUUUUAUUUAUUUGAGAAGCAGAGAGUUAGAUAGACAGUCAGAAUGUCGAUCUGCUGGUUCAUUCUAACUCCCAAGGUCUACAUUAGUAGGAAGCUGGAGUGAGAAACCAGAGCUGGAAAUCAGAACCAGGCACUCUGAUUGAUAUGCAGCACGGAUCUCAGUUGCCAGGGUAAAUGCCCAUUCUGGGUGUUUUGUUUUGAUUUGGGGCCUCCUCAGCUAUCUAUGAUUGAGUCUCUUGAAGGCCCUUGGAUGGUAGAUGUUAUCUUUAUAGGUGAGCAGAGACUCAGAAAUCUUUUAAUCUUAUAUGUCAUCAUAGGAAUCAGGAUAAUAAACUAGGGACCAGUGACACUCUAAAAAUAUGAUUUUAUUUGGUUUUAAUGCAAUUCAAAUCACAUUCUUAUUUAAGAAAAAAAAAACACUAGUGUGGAAUUUUAAGUGCUUUUCUGCCAUGUUCCUAAACUCAGUGUUUAAUCUUUUGUUUCAAUUUCAUCUGUGCAUAGAAAAGGACAUUUCCCAAAUGACAAUAGAAACAAAGCCAGUUGUGCUGUUGAGUAAUCCCCUAUCGACAUUACCUAUCGCAUUCCCUGAGAGAGUACAUGGGAAAAACUGAAGGAGUAGCCAAGCAAAGGGGACACACCACCAGUGCCAGGUGACAAUCUUUAUGUCAUGCCCCUGAAGCAUCUUCUACAGAAAAAAUGCAGGGGAUGGGGGUGGGAGGUAAUGAAACUAUCUUUUAUAUCUACAUCAUUACACCACAAAAUACUGUCAGCUGUCUCUCCUAUAAGACAAGCACAUGUACUUUGCACCAGGAAAUUGUUAAUUAAGUAAGAGCAAAAGUAUAUUCUUACAUGCGGGUUAAUCAGAGCUGAUUUCCCUGAGCUUAACACACUAUAGGCUUAACUCAAUCACGUGAAGCAGCAACAUCUCAGACCUUCUUUGUUCUGGAAACUUUGGACACGGAAGAUCCAGAUAUUUAGUGUUUUAUUUCUGAAACACCUCUUGGCCUUGCUCAGGAUGCACGAGACACUCUGGGUUCUCUAUUAGUGAACAUUAGCCUGUAAAGAGAAUAGUAUGUUACUACUGUGAGGCUGUAAAAUUAUUCAUUGACAGUGUAAAGAACUGUACCCAUUUUUUUAAAAAAAAAGAAAAAUAUUGCAUAUAAUAACUACUACACUGAAACAGCUAUCAUAGUUAUUCCAAUAAAAUUUUCUGCGUGGACUAACAUGAAGUAUAAUGCAUUGCUCAUUUUUAUUUACCUCAAAAUGGACUCAUCAAAAUGAAUAACUUAAGGGUAUAUGCAUUUCUAAUAAGUCUUUUACUAUUGGAUGAGCUCUUUAAAAGAAAAUGUUUGAUUGCAUUCAAGAACAAAGAAGCAUGACCUUUGUUGACUCCGGUAAUUUAUCAUGUGCCUAAUUUAAAUCCAGUUUUUAAGUGAAAUCAGUUAUCAGGUAAAAGUCAGUUAAGCUGAUAUAAUUAGAAAUAGCUGAGAGCGCAAAAGAGCAUUUUGAAUGUCCUAAUGUGUGGCAUAUCCUGUACGCUGAUUUGAGGUCAGAGACUUGGUAUUUUUGUAUAAUUCUAUCUUAUCUUGUGCUUCAGCUGUGUAUUUUACGUCAAGGCAAAUGAACUUCCUGUCUUAUAUGUUAAAUAAAAAAAUGACUCAAGAA